CCUCUACCCCUCUUAGUAACCUAACCUAACCGGUCUCUAAUCUCUAUCUUAUUAAGUUUUGGUCUUAGUAAUUCCGUUAAACUUGUUAUAACAAAAAUGUCAGAUUCCUUUAGUCUAAGCGGAUUUUCAGACUCUGACCGCACUGGUGGGCCUGGAUUGUCCUCCGAUAAAUCAGACAAGGAGUUGCAAGAGUUUUUGAUGAUUGAAAAGCAGAAAGCCCAACUAAACGCUCAGAUCCAUGAGUUCUCCGACACUUGUUGGGACAUGUGUAUGGACAAGCCCAGCACAAAGCUAGACUCACGGACGGAGACUUGUUUGGUCAACUGUGUGGAUCGAUUCAUUGACGUCUCUCUCCUUGUGACCAACAGGUAUGCUCAGCUGAUACAGAAGAAUGCGGGAAUGUAGGUUUUCUUAUCUACUGUGUUUUUGAUAGUUGUUUCAAAUUUUUGUUGUUUGUAUUGUAUUGUUAUAAUGAAAUAAAAUUGCUUAAAUCUA